AUGCCAUACUCUCUUAAGGGUCGAAAUGUCUUGGUCAUCGGCGGAUCCAGAGGCCUAGGUGCUCUUGUCGCCCAGAAGUUUGCCGCUGAUGGAAGCAAUAUCGCAAUCAAUUAUUUGUCGAGCAAGGAAACUGCCGAGAAAGUUGCCGGGGACAUUGCGACCAAAUAUAACGUGAAGACGGUUGUUAUACAGGGUGACGCCGGAAAGCAGUCUGAUGCUGCAAAUACCGUCAAAUCGGCCAUUGAGCAACUGGGAGGUCUGGAUGUUGUGAUUUCGAAUGCUGGUUGGACAAAGGUGGUCAAUUUCGGGGAUCUGGAUGCUAUGGAUGAUGAUGACUGGGACAAGUGCUGGAAUAUCAAUGUUAAGAGCAGCUUUUACCUCUUCAAAGCUGCCAAAUCGACUUUGGAUGCCAACCCCGAGGGUGGUGCAUUUAUUAUCACUGCUUCAACUGCGGGUAUCAUUCCCAGUGGCAGUAGUGUGCCGUAUGCCGUGACAAAGGCAGCCUUGAUUCAUCUUAUGAAGUGCCUUGCAUCGUCCCAGGGCGCCAAGAUCCGUGUCAAUGCCGUGUGCCCGGGCCUCAUGCUCACAGAAUGGGGCCAGCAAUUCCCUCAGGAGAAGAUAGAUGCUAUGGCGGACAAGAUGAUACUGAAGAAGCUGCCCGAGGUGGAGGACGCCGCGGAAAUGUUUGUGUCAAUUGCGAAAAAUUCAUCCAUGACCGGACAAGCAGUCCAAAUUGUGUUGUACAUGUGCUUCCUGCUCAUGAAAGAGGAUUGCGGAAAGGAGUAA